AUGCCGGUGUUUGGCGAUACUUUCACCAACUACGUUGCCGAACACUUGAACUGUCCAAACAUUGUGAUGUAUUUGGAAAUGAUUAAAAUCCUCAAUAUCGGAUUCGCUAAACAAGUUGAUGAAAUGACGCUUGGAUUGUGGGUCCGUCUCCACGAGGCUAUUCAUGAUCUUUGCGUGAGACCCGCCCGGCAGAUGACGGUAGCGCUGCGUUCAGCAAUCACCCCACCAACAA